AUGCCCUUAUUAAGCAAGAAGAGCGAACUCGUCAACGGCGACUUCGAGACACCUCCGGUCGGCGGCUUCCGGGAUGUCUCCACCGCCAUUCCCGGAUGGAAAACCGAGGGCAUGGUGGAGCUCGUGGAGUCUGGGCAGAGGCAAGGUGGGAUGAUCCUAAUCGUGCCGGAGGGUGCCCACGCUGCCCGGCUGGGCAACGAUGCGGAGAUGAGUCAAGGCGUGAAGACGGAGGAUUCUCGGGUGGUGUUCCGAAACCCGGGCAUGGAGGACGACCCGAGCUGCGGGCCCAUUAUCGACGAUAUUGCGAUCAAGAAGAUGUUCGUGCCGGAUAAGCCAAAAGACAACGCCGUACUAAACGGGGAUUUCGAAGAAGGCCCGUGGAUGUUCAGAAACGAGACCCUCGGCGUACUCCUCCCGACCAAUUUCGACCAUGACACAUCCUCUCUCCCGGGCUGGAUCGUCGAGUCCAACCGGGCCGUCCGCUACGUCGACUCGUACCAUUUCAAAGUCCCCGGUGGCAAACGGGCUAUUGAGCUCCUAUCCGGUAAAGAGGGCAUAAUUUCCCAAAUGGUCGGCACAAAGCCCAAUAAGCCCUAUCGGCUCACAUUCUCAUUGGGCCACGCGGGGGAUGCUUGCAAACAGCCGCUAGCCGUCAUGGCCUUUGCCGGGGACCAGGCUCGAAACAUACAUUACACGCCCGACUCGAACUCGACUUUUCAGACAGCGGACUUGAACUUCACGGCUAGGGCAGAAAGGACACGUGUCGCCUUCUACAGCAUUUAUUACAACACGAGAACGGACGACAUGAGCUCGCUAUGUGGGCCCGUUGUGGAUGACGUGAGGGUCGAGCAGUCGGGCUCGGUUGGGUUCGGGCUUGGGGUUUUGGGCCUCCUGUUGAUUUUGUUGUGCCAGUUGAUGGUUUUGGUUUAG